CUCAAAUCGUUUGAAGCAGAUGCCACCGCCUGUGCCGCCCGAGAGCGGACUCCCUUGGAAGCCUGAGAAGAAGCAGUGGAUGUCUGCGGCCAGCAUCAAGAGAUGGGUUAUUCUCAUUGCCUUGUGUUGCCUCAUACUAUUCAUAACCGGAAUCCUCCUCGGUUCGUCAUUCGUCUCGUUGAAAUAUCGCUCCAUAUCCACCAGCGUUCCCGAUCUCUGGAACCUGGGCUUCGGUGCUCUCAGCCCUUUCACAUAUCUUGUCGUGGGCCUACCCAGAAAGGAUCCUGCAGGUCUGAUUUCCAACGUGUUACUUGCCAACCUGCCCCAACUGGUCAUCUCUAUCCUUUACCUCGCCUAUAACGCCAUGCUCACCACCUUUCUCGUGCAACGAGAGUUCAGUUUGUUGCACCUGGAAAAUAAACGCAAACCACUCCGCGUCUCAGAGCCUGUGGGGAUCCAGCGGUCUAGCUACUUCAUUUCACUGCCUCUGCGCUAUGGCGUACCCCUAUAUGUCACGUCCGGCAUUAUGCACUGGCUUGUUUCGCAGAGCUUGUUCCUGGCCCGUAUUACGGCAUUAACUCCCGAUGGUGUCCAGGACUACGACAGUUCGUUUUCGACGUGUGGAUACAGUCCCAUUGCGAUAAUUAUUAGUACGUUUGAAUUGCGUGUUCUUGUACCCGCCCCAGACGCUUACGAAGGCACUAUAGCAAUAAUUGUAGGGGCUGUCCUGGUCCUUUUUAUCGUCGUCCUCGGCCUCCGCCGGUACGACGGCACGAUGAGGAUGGUAUCCACUAACAGCCGAGCCAUUAGUGCAGCGUGUCACACCCUGUGUGAAGACCAGAAAGACGGGUUUCAGCUCCCCGUGCAAUGGGGAGUGGUUGAAGUUGGGGAGGAUGGCGUUGGGCACUGUACUUUCACAACUGCUCCUUAUCGCACUAUGGGGAGGUUGGUUCAGGGAGACUUAUAUAAAUAGGAUCGACUAGAAUCGACGCUAAGUCUUAAUGUGGAUGUGUUCCCGGAAUCAAAGGUUGUAACACUACUGUGCAGGUGCUUUAUUGAUGUAUGAUGGUUUGAAAGUGGUAAC